AUGCUGUAUCGACAUACACGAAAUAGGCGGAACGACAGGAAUCCCGAACAUCCUGUGGGUCGACACAGUGCAGCUAUCAACAUACUCUCAAAUACACCCGUUUUCUACGCUCUGCUCAGUCCUCGAGGUAAAACUACCAUUCAUCCAUCUACCAGUGCUGAUAACUUUCAGGUAUGCUUGGCGGUAUCACUGUCAACUCCUGUUAGUUGUUACCUUCACUUCCGCGACCGAAUCCGUGAGCCCGACUGGCGCUGUGUAAUAAGUCGUCGAGUGUGUAAGGACUUUGGCAUCCAUGAAGCAGCCCAUAUUUUCCCCCUAACUCGCAGGAAUUUGUGGGUUUCGGGAUCAUGGCGACAGCAGAUUAGCCACGAGAGACGUGACAUCCACAGCGUCUUUAAUAAUUACGUCCUGACUAUAAAACCCGACGCCAAUUACAAAAUCUAUUAUUCUAUCAAUGAGCCAGACUACGAUGGGGCAACGAUAUAUCAGAUUCCCGAUGUUCCAACAAAAUAUCAACCAAGCCGGGCGCUUCUGAAGCAUCAUUUUCGGAUGGCUGUCUUGCUGAAUAUGAAAGGCAGAGAGAGAUAUCCUGAGUGGGAUGACGACAUAUCUGAGGGGUAUGAUCCGGUAGCUGAAAUCUCGAACUGCGAGCAAGGAAAGCUCAGAUUCGACACUGUUUUGGCUGAAAGGCUCCAUAGCCUUCUCGAUUAAUCUAGUCUAUUAGUAGUGUCGAUGACAGGCUGGAUUAUUUUGCCUGGCUGCUACUGCUAUCUGAUACGCUGAAUAUGGUUCUGUAAAUGCGAUGUGGGAAACUGCAUCAAAAACCUCCUUUCGGCAGCCAGACCACAGAUGUUCACAUUUUAGGUGUAAUUCUACGGGCGCGGUGUCCUGGCCAAAGCACGGAAGAUACACUGUGAUCGAGACUGUUGCGUUAGAUGGUUAGAUUAAUCAUAUCAUAAUGGAUGGGC